GGGGUGGCCCCGACGCCCACAAGUGUCAACUACCACUUCACGCGCCAGUGCAACUACAAGUGUGGCUUCUGCUUCCACACGGCCAAGACCUCCUUCGUGCUACCGCUGGAGGAGGCCAAGCGCGGGCUGGCGAUGCUCAAGGAGGCUGGAAUGGAGAAAAUCAACUUCUCGGGAGGGGAACCGUUUCUCCAGGACAGAGGCGAGUUUGUGGGCAAGCUGGUGCAGUUUUGUAAGCAAGAUUUGAGGCUGCCGAGCGUCAGCAUCGUGAGCAACGGCAGCAUGAUCAGAGAGCAGUGGUUCAAGAAGUACGGUCAAUAUUUAGACAUUUUGGCAAUUUCUUGUGAUAGUUUUGAUGAGGAAGUCAAUGUUUUAAUUGGUCGCAGUCAAGGAAAGAAGAACCACGUGGAAAAACUGCAUAAACUGAGACAGUGGUGCCGAGACUACGCUGUUGCUUUCAAAAUAAAUUCAGUCAUCAACAGAUUUAACAUUGAGGAAGAUAUGAAUGAACAGAUCAAGGCACUCAACCCUGUGCGCUGGAAGGUAUUCCAGUGCCUGCUCAUUGAAGGGGAGAACUGUGGUGAGGAUGCUCUGAGAGAAGCAGACAAGUUUCUCAUCAGUGAUGAUGACUUCAAACGAUUCCUGGAUCGCCACAAGGACGUCUCCUGCUUAGUUCCAGAGUCUAAUCAGGAGAUGAGAGACUCAUACCUCCUUUUAGAUGAAUACAUGCGCUUUCUAAAUUGUACAAAUGGACGAAAAGAGCCUUCUAAAUCUAUCUUGGAUGUUGGAGUAGAAGAAGCUAUACAAUUCAGUGGAUUUGAUGAGAAGAUGUUCCUAAAGAGAGGAGGAAAGUACGUGUGGAGUAAAGCAGACAUGAAACUGGACUGGUAACUCAGUUAACUGAGCUGU